GUCUAGUCUCUCCUACCCCUUCGGCCCUCGACAGCACUAUAGAAGAGAACACGACAGUAUCGUUUGCAAAUACCCGACGGCUCAUUUCUUUAAUGUUUUUCUUAAGAAGAAAAAAACAAUCACGUAGUGUGCUGUAGUGUAUCUCAGAGAGAUCAUGGGAUUUCGAUCGACCAUGGGACGAUGUUUUCAGCUGUUGCCUCCGUGCUGUUGCGUUGGUAUGCGUUUGUCGGUGUUGUCGGAAUCGGAAUGUCGGAGCGACUUUUAAAAUGUACUCUGGACUGUAUACUGCUUGUUCAGAAAGGGCCGCUUGAUGCUUCAUGGACGAGAAUUUAACUGACCUAGCAGAUUUCAGAAAUACUCCCUUUACCUUAUUUUUGAGAAAAUGCCAAUCUUAAAUAAAAUGUCAUGGAGUUUGUCAACUGCGUUCGUAGUUCUUGUUGUGAUGGAAAUCCAAUCUCCGGUAACCUCACUCAAACAUAAAAAUGUGAUUUGCGAUAAGUUAGAAGAGUGCACCUGUGGGUUCCCCACGGGCGAGGGCGUCAAUUUGACCGCUCUGACGAACAGUACUUUAAAAUUGAAUGACACUGAUAGUAAAGUGGUUUUCUACUUUAACCCUUGUACAGAUGCUCUGUCGCCAUGUCCAAAUAAUUCAGUGAUAUGCAUGGUUGAUGAUAACAAUACUGUGUUGGACUUAGGAUCAAAAGGUGGAGCUUCGUUCACAUCUCAAGGUGUUUAUGGUCCUGUGUUUAUGAACUAUGAGAAAGAGGACAUAGCAACAGAAAUUCAGCUAGACUGUGUGGAUAAGGUAGAGUCCACGCUUUCAUUCAAUGAAAAUUACAACAGAUUUGAGCCCAUUCUUGAAGUAAAAUAUCAUUUACUGCUGCAGUCUCCAGAAGCCUGCUUCAGGCCUGUUGAAGAAUACUACUCAACAAAUGUUGUGAGAGAAGGCAUUUCAUCUGGUGCACUGUUUCUCAUAGUUGUGCUUGUGUUAUGGCUUGCGUAUAUGAUUGUUGGAGCAGCAGCUAACCACUUUAUUAGUGGAGCUACUGGGUUUGAGAUGAUUCCAAACUACGAGUUCUGGAGAAGCCUCCCCGAUAAGCUCGCCGAUGGUGCUAAAUUUGUGGCUAAUGGAUGCCGACCACCUCCAAGCUAUGAACAAAUCUGAAUUGUGCUUCACGCUGCCCUCAUGGAGAGUUGGUUUCUUCAAUUUUGGUUUCUCUUCUUAGAUUAUGGUAUUCUGUAAUCAUUUGCAAAUUUAUUCAAAUCAGAAGAGUUUAAAGAAAAGCUCUCCAAUAUUAUACAGCACGAACGAAUCUCUACAAUAAUGGUAUUUGUCAAAAUUGACUACUUAAAAAUCCCUGGAGUUUUUCUAGUCAGAUUUAAAUCUCAGUGUGCCACCUUAAAUUUGUUAAAAAAAAAUAAGUGUUUUGGUGUAAAUAGUCUUAUUUUUUUCUUUCAAAUUGAUGACAAAUCAAGCCAUCUAAAAAUUGUGAUAAGAAAUGGUCCAAGAUUACUUGUAAAUAUGUAUUUUGAAUAACUUGUGAUACCUUAGUCUUCUGUUAGUGUACCUUGAUUCACUGUUAUGUUUGCCAUCCAUUUUGAAAAAUCGUUUUUGUUUUAAUUGAAAUAUCAAUUUUGUCCUCAUUAUAAGACUGUUCUGAAUGCAAUGAAUAUUUUUCUUACUUCUUAAUUGCUGUAAAGAGUGCACUGUGUGGUCAUUGUAAUAUAAUAUAAAUAUAUGUAUAUAUAUUUCUCUUUAUCA